GGGCUGGCGAGUUGUCGGCUGGGAAAUGGCGGCCGCGGGCUUGGUCGCAGUGGCCGCCGCUGCUGAGUACUCUGGCCCAGCAGCGUCGGGAGGUAACCUCCCCGCUGUUAACUGCGGUCCAAGCUCCGGGGCAGCCCCUGGACCUGGCCCGGGUUCAUGGAGCCGUUCCCUGGAUCGAGCGCUGGAGGAGGCGGCGGUGACCGGGGUGCUGAGCCUGAGCGGCCGGAAACUGAGGGAGUUUCCCCGGGGAGCGGCCAACCACGACCUGACGGACACCACCCGGGCGGAUUUGUCACGAAAUCGCCUCUCAGAAAUUCCUAUAGAAGCCUGUCACUUUGUUUCUCUUGAAAAUCUCAACUUGUAUCAAAAUUGUAUUCGGUAUAUCCCAGAGGCAAUUCUAAAUCUGCAAGCUCUAACGUUCUUGAAUGUUAGUCGAAACCAGCUGUCAACAUUGCCAGUACACUUGUGUAAUUUACCAUUAAAAGUCUUAAUUGCUAGUAAUAACAAAUUGGUCUCACUUCCAGAAGAAAUUGGACACCUCAGAUAUUUGACAGAACUUGAUGUGAGCUGCAAUGAAAUUCAAACUAUACCUUCCCAAAUUGGUAAUCUGGAGGCCUUGAGAGACCUUAAUGUAAGAAGAAAUCACUUAGUACGUUUGCCUGAAGAGCUGGCAGAGUUGCCUUUGAUACGGUUAGACUUCUCAUGCAAUAAAAUUACAACAAUCCCUGUCUGUUAUCGGAACCUGCGGCACCUCCAAAUGAUAACCCUAGAUAACAAUCCACUACAGUCGCCUCCUGCACAGAUAUGUAUAAAAGGCAAAAUCCACAUCUUUAAGUACCUGAACAUACAAGCUUGUAAGAUUGCUCCUGAUCUACCAGAUUAUGAUAGGAGACCCUUGGGUUUUGGCUCCUGCCAUGAAGAACUGUACUCAAGUCGCUCUUAUGGAGCCCUAGAUUCCGGUUUCAACAGUGUGGACAGUGGUGAUAAAAGAUGGUCAGGGAAUGAGCCUGCAGAUGAAUUUUCAGAUCUGCCUCUUCGGGUUGCAGAGAUUACUAAAGAGCAGAGACUCAGAAGAGAAAGCCAGUACCAAGAGAAUCACAACAGCUUAGUAGUAACAAACGGUGGAGUAGAGCAUGAUCUGGAUCAGAUUGACUACAUUGACAGCUGUGCUGCAGAGGAAGAAGAGGAGGAGGUGAGACAGCCCAAGGGCCUGGACUCAGACAGCCUCAGUUCACAGUUUAUGGCAUAUAUUGAACAACGGCGUAUCUCUCAUGAGGGUUCACCAAUAAAGCCAGUAGCCAUUAGGGAGCUUCAAAAAACAGAAGAUGUAAGAAGAUACUCACAUCAAAGCAGGGUUCCAGUUGAGCCAUCCUCUCUCUUGUCUCUGUCACCAAGUCACAAUCAGCUGUCUCAUGCAGACUUGGAACUUCAUCGGCGAAGAGAACAGUUAGUAGAGCGCACUCGGAGAGAGGCACAGCUUGCUGCCCUGCAGUAUGAAGAGGAGAAAAUAAGGACCAAGCAGAUUCAGAGAGAUGCUGUCCUGGACUUUGUCAAGCAAAAAGCAUCACAAAGUCCACAGAAACAACAGCCCACCUUAGAUGGUGAGUGUCCCUUCCCAUCCCGAAGGUCUCAGCACACUGAUGAUAGUGCCUUGUUAGUGAGUGAUGACAGAUGUAAUGCUAUGUCAAGUUCACCUACAACAGAAACAGUUCAUCACUCCCCUGCAUAUCCUUUUCCUGCUGCUGUCCAGAGAAAUCAGCCCCAGCGCCCUGAAAGCUUCCUUUUCCGACCAGCUGUCAGGGCAGAAGCAAAUAAAGGUCAUUCUUCAUCCCUUCUUCCAUCUUCUGUGCCUGCCAUUGAUUCUGCAGAUCCCAUUACAAGACAGAGAGAAGAAGAACUGAAAUUGAUAGAUCAACUACGCAAACAUAUUGAAUACCGGUUGAAAGUAUCUCUACCUUGUGAUCUGGGAGCAGCUCUAACUGAUGGUGUUGUCCUUUGCCAUUUGGCCAAUCACGUGCGGCCUCGAUCUGUCCCAAGCAUUCACGUUCCCUCACCAGCUGUACCUAAAUUAACAAUGGCAAAAUGCAGGCGAAAUGUGGAAAAUUUCCUGGAAGCUUGCAGAAAAAUUGGUGUGCCUCAGGAGCAAUUAUGUUUGCCUCUCCACAUUUUAGAAGAGAAAGGUCUGAGCCAGGUUGCCGUGACGGUCCAGGCUCUCCUGGAACUUGCCCCCCCCAAGCAACAGCAGCCCCAGUUGUCUGCUGUCUAAGGAUACCAGGACCCUGGGCGUUCGAACAGGACUGCGGUCGCUGCUGCCAGCCGUCUGCUUAAGCAAAGCUAUCAUGUGUUCUUAGGAGGGACUGUCUCCGUGAUUCCUAACAGGAAUAUUUUACUUCAUUUCUCCAUUUUAGGGGAGGUUAUGUCCAUUUCCAUUGAAUAUUUUUAGGAAGAACAUUUGGUUUUCUCCAGUGAAACUUCGCUCAUUACUGAGAACCCAGCCCAGAAACUUAGCGUGGCCAUGCUUUCCCAAGGAGCAGGCAGAGUCUGCUCAGAGGGUAUCUGCCUCUGCUGAGGGCACAGACGUUGUGCUGUCUUUCAUGGGCCCAGGACACCUGGAGUCUACUGGUUUGUAAAUGUGGUUGUUCAUUAGGCUCUCCUGGAGUGCAAAUACAGAUUCUCACUCAGUCAGUCUGGGUGGGACCUGGGACUCCACGUUCUCAGCAAACAUUCUAACUGGUUCUCCUGCAGUGGAGACCACUAUUCCAAGUCAGGUAGUUUGAUGGAGGUGUGGGGGAUAAUCUCUUCACUGUAGUUUUCAGCGACAUUUAAAAUCAAUAAUGACAACUUGGACCAUUCUGUCAAAGGUAAAACAGAAAUAACAUAGAAGCCCUGUAUUUUGCAUAGGAAAAGCAGUGAAAGCGAGACAGUUGUAUUUAAGGCCAGUGUUCUAGACCUCCUGUCCAUUCCAGUCCACCACCAUGUCCUCCUUUCUGUAGAGGAUAGGGUUCAUGAACGAGUCCGCUGCACCCAGAAUCUAAAUCCUUCACAGGAACAUGUGAGCCCCCUCACUCCCUGCCCCGCCUUGCUGCUCCCAGGAUGCCUGCACCUGUUGCUGCAGAUACACUGCUAGUCCCAGUGCACACACUCAUGGAAGAUCAUGAAAACAGCAAAAAGGAAUAAAAGAAAAGUCAAUUUUCUUAUCUUUCUUUCAAGUAACUGAGAGCACUUAAUGGCAUCUUAGAAAACCCUUUCCUUCUUUCUGUCUAGCUCCACCACUUCUGCCUUCCGCACUCAAUUGUGGGUGGAGGAGAAGGACCCAAGGGCUCACAGAACAAAUCAGGAGCUUUUGUUCAAGUUGAAAUCACUGGGGAUAAUCUUCUCCUGUAUUUUAAACCCCUUUAGUUGUCAAGAUCCUAGUUAUCUAGGUCUUCUGUGGUUGUUAACUUUUGGAUUUUAACAAUGCAUGCAUUUGAGCAUAAUGUUACCCAUCUUUUUAAAAUGUAAGUGCAGCACCUAAAAGUAGCUUUAGAUAAUAACAUUUUCUCCUUGUUCCUGCAGAGAAAUAUGUUCAUUAGCACAUCACCACUUUUCUCAAUCUUGAAAUUACACAACAUAAAACAUCUAAGCGCAAAGCCCAGUCCCACAGGUCCUCACAGAACGAAAGCAAUAUAUCUUAUGAGUGCUGAGAGCCAGACCCAUUAUAUUUUAAAAGGCAGAAAGACCCACCAGCCGUGGAACUUGCUUAGAAUUUAAGCCCUAGUAGUUUUAAACUGUAGGUGUUUUUCCUUCUAGUCAACAUUAAACCUCAGUACAAUCUCCAAAUUACAGAGCACCACCAGAAGUGAAACUCUACAAAGGACUGGCCUGUUUUUAACAUUAUGCAAGGAAUAAUUCCAGAAGACAUUACAUAAUGCAACAUUGGCAACAAAUGUUUCCAUUGGAAUAAGUGGAAAUUUAAGUUGAUUUCACAUUUUGCACAUAACAUGAAACCUUAAUAUUAUUUUUAUUGAACUAAUUCAUAUUUGCAUUUGAAUUGUUAGAAACAUUUGUGUAGAGUUUUGGUAAUGAAAAGUAGCAAAUAUAUUGAGUUUCUGUGUCAGGAACAAAAAUCAGUGGGUUUUUUUUUUUUUUAGACAUUUUGUAUUCAGUGUUUUGUGUGUAUUUUUUCUUUUUUAAAUUGGAAAGAACAACUCAGUUUAACAUUUAGCCUUGCUGGGCUCCAAUGAAAGAUGAAGAUGUCCUUGUCACAGUGCCCCUGACCUGCAGCAGUGACCUUGACCUUGCCAGCCCUGACCCCGAGAAGGCUGAGUGCCCACCCAGAGGGGCCUGCCACCUACAGAGAUGCUGGCAGCAGUUCCCCAGCUUCCCGGCACAUCUCUGAGAACCCUGCACACCAACCCUCUCUCCCAAUGCCCAUGUCUGGAAACAGCUCCUGGGAAGAGGGGCCUUUGUGCUUGGCUGGAACAGAGCAGAGAGAGGCCAAGCAGCUGUCACGUUCCCUGUCAGCUUCUGAAACCUAACCCAGGAGUCUGACCGCUCCUGCUUUCCACAGCUCAGCAGUGACUAACGAUGUGUGACUGUGCUGACACGGCUGAAUUCAUAUAAACUAAGCUCUUAAAUGGUUACAGAAGUGAAGGAAACCAUGGAUAUUCAGAAGUCUUUUUAUGUACACAUUGCAGUGAGA